AAUUAAGUGGGUGAUAAAUUUAAUAACAAUGUGAUUUAAUUUAAUUUAUUAAUUUUAAUUUAAGUUUUCAAUUCGAAUAUUAACAUGAACUUAGCCAUAACUAGUAAGGUCUAUAAUGUUUGUACCUUUAUCACACAAUGUAAAAGAGGCUAUUCCUACACUUGCAAGACUCCGACAAAUGAAAGCUUGUCUCAUUGGAAUCGCCCGAUAUUCUUUUACUGCCAGAACUAUUCGCAUGAAUUGUGUAUAUUAAAUGACCUAGUCCGAAAAGUGAAAGGUCUUCAAACUUCGAAUAUCGCCCCUCUUUGCAGCGGGACUGGUUUUGUUUCUUUUGCUCAUUGUCUAAGUUGAACGAAAAGGAUACAAACCAAUAUUGCCGUCGGUAUUCUUCCAAAUUUAUAUGCCAAAGUGUAGAUAUCUGAAUUAACAACAAUAAAAAGACUGGAACUUGGUGUCGUAGAAUGUUUCUGAGAUUGUAUUUAUGCUGGUCGACGGUAGUUAGUGUGGUUCUCUGCGGAAAUAUAGUGGAUUCGCAAAGUACAGGUCCCACUCACGGAAAAGUGGUGGUAUGUUAUAUGGGAACCUGGGCAGUGUACAGGCCGGGGAGGGGAUCGUUUACAAUAGAAAAUCUAGAGCCAUCCUUGUGCACUCAUAUUAUCUACGCCUUCGCAGGAUUGAAUGCUAAAGAAAGCGUAAUCAGAGCUUUAGAUCCGUGGCAAGAUUUAACUGAAGAUUACGGCAAAGGUGGUUAUCAAAGAAUAACAAAACUUAAAUUAAGAUAUCCACAUCUUAAGGUCAGUUUAGCAAUUGGAGGAUGGAAUGAAGGUUCCGUUAAUUAUUCCAAGCUUGCAGCAGAUCCAGAAAAGAGAACGAAAUUCGUGACUAGUGCAGUUGAAUUUAUAAAGAAAUACAAGUUUGAUGGUCUUGAUCUUGAUUGGGAAUUUCCAUCAAAGAGAGGAGGCAUACCAGAAGAUAAAUUAAACUUUUUGUUGUUGACUAAGGAACUUAAGGCAGCAUUUAGAAAAAACAAUUUGUUAUUGACAGCAGCGUUUGGAGCGGGAAAGGACACUAUAGAUGUCGGUUAUGAUGUUGAAGGACUUUCGGUAUACCUCGACUUCAUUCAUAUGAUGUGUUAUGAUUACCACGGGGCUUGGGAUAAAAAGACCGGUGCUAAUGCCCCAUUACGAAGUUCUGAUGUACUUAAUAUUGAGUAUACCUUAAACUAUAUGCUUAAACUGGGUGCCCCCCCUAGUAAAUUGGUAUUGGGAGUACCUUUGUAUGGAAGAACAUUUGUUUUGCCAGAGCCAGUCGAUGAAACGUCAAAAAGAAAACUUAAAUUGGGUAUAAUUUCAACAAAUAUGGGUUUUCAAGGUCCGCUGACGAGAGAAAGUGGAUUCAUGGGAUAUAACGAGAUUUGUUUAGAAUUAAAAAAUAAAACCCAUCCUUGGACAAUGUACUGGGAUUCCGAGAGUAGUACCCCCUUUGCAGUACGAAAAACUCAAGUUAUUACUUACGAUGACGAGAGAUCAAUAGCAGAGAAAGUUAGAUUUGCCAUAGAGAAGAAAUUAGCCGGAAUUAUGGUCUGGUCAGUAGAUACAGACGACUUUCAAGGUGACUGCAUUGAUUCUGAGGAGGAGACUUUCACAAACUUUCCCUUGUUAAGAGCUCUGAAUAAGGCGAUUGAAAUCACAUUGGAAGAUAUCAAAAACAGUGUCAUUCAAGACAAAUUGAAUGGAAUCGGUGGGUGUUGUAAGGAAUCCAUGAGUUCAAUUUUAAUGGUUUUGGUUAGUGCGUUGAUUGUUCGACAGUAUGUAUAAUAAUUUGUGUUUAAUUGAAGAUAUUGAUUCAAUUAGGAUUUAGCAUUUAUGACGUUUUCUAUGUAGAUCUAAAUUGAAGACAACAUAGUAAUAUACCUGUGUAAAUAUUUUUAGUACUGAGUUAUGCCGUAUAAGAAAUUCCUUUUUAUAUAAAAAUCUAGUAAAAUUUGUGUUCUGAAAAUGAAACCGUCAAUUUU